AUGAGUGCGCGGCGUGCAAGCCGUACAAGUGACAAGACCAAUGAUGUUCGGCUGACCGUCAACAAUUUGGUCUGGUGCAAGCUGAAAAAGAUUCCACAUUGGCCCUGCAUUGUGACCAGCGACAAAGAAGGGCCGCAGCGCUUUGAAGUGACGUUUUUAAAUGACAAGGGGGCCAUCGAGGAUGUGCGGGUCAAGGAUCUCUUUUACUGGAUGGAUGAACGACGCGAGGCCUGGGAGAAAGCUGGCCGGCAAAAGCACACUAUGCCCAAUUUUCCCGGUGCUGUUGAGGAGGCUCAGAAACACUUGAAGCAAUAUCCCAAGAUUGCGCUGGACUACUAUCUAGGCGCGGACAAGGGAUCGCCCCCUCAGUCAAAGGCCAAGAAGCCUGCACGCCGCUCUUCUACACAGGAUCCAGCACCCAUGCGACGCAGUCGCUCCACGCCUCGAUCUGGUUCGGGCUCGGCACAGACCAACGAAACAGAGCCACGCCGCCAGUCACAUUCUCGCUCAGGUAGCUCGCCGGCUUCUGAAGCCGUCAAGGACAAGAACAGCCAUCAAAGAGGGCAGACAUCAACCCCUGCUCUGGAUCGCAAGCACAGCAGCAGUCGGGCGACGUCAGCCGGCUCCGGAUUGCGCCGGCGAUCGUCAACCCGACUGCAAGACAGAAACGGCAACAGCGACAGUGACAGUGAUAGUGACGGUGACCUACCUGACGUUUUGACAACGGCUAGCAACUCCAAAGGAUUUCCCAAGGGCAGCAUCGUCUGGGCCAGCUUGAACGGCCGCACCAACUUCUGGCCUGCCAAGGUGAAGGAGGACAGCACAUCAAACCGGGCGAUGGUCCGCUUCUACAACUAUAAAAAGGGUACACAGGCUGCUACGUUCCUCAUAGACUGCAAGAGCGAGAAAAUUCGCAAAGCCAUCGAAUUGGCAACAGUGGCUCUUCGAGCCCGGCAGCGGCGAGAAAAAGCCGAGGAUGACAUGGAUCGACUUUUGAAUCGAAAAGGGGAUGUUUUGAGCAGCUCGUCUGAGGCAUCCGAGUCAGAGGCCACUAGCAUGCCCCCCCAAAAGCGAUCGAAGCGCCCAAGCACCACAGCACCCCAUCAACAAGAUGGCCGGCGAGCACACCGUGUGCGAGCCCGCUCCCGGGUGGUGGAGACGGAUACCCAGGUGGCCACUGUGAGCGCCGUCAUCAAGCGUCAUGUCAGAGGCAAGAAGCUGGAGCAAAGCCUGGCCCAGCACAUGAGCUAUGGCCCUCUUGCCACGGGCUAUAAGAAUGUCGACGAGUUGCCACACAGGCGCCGCAUCUUUUGUGACCUCGUUUGUCUUCCCGAGGCCAUCAUCCAAGCCGCUGCGCUGCAUGACAACGUGCCUUUGAGUGAGGAACGACCGGCUGCCAUGGCACAGGUGGACGAACCGCCCAAGCGCUAUCACAUUUUCAUCAGCUACCGGGUGCAGGCAUUGGCGGAGCUGGCCGAACGGCUGUGCGACAAGCUGCAGCAACUGGACAUUGACAACGAGCAUGGCUUGCGUAUCCGAUGCUUUUUGGACAAGCAAAAUCUGAAUCAUGGCGCCAGUUGGCGGCAACAAUGCACCGACGCCGUGCGCGAAUCCUGCCUCUUUGUCCCGCUAUACAGCGAGGCCACGCUGGCCAAGUACUUGGACACGGAGGAGGAUCAGUCAGAUGAUACCUUUCUGUACGAGCAAGCCUUGGCGCUCGAGCUUCGUCGCCAGGGCGAGAUUGUCUUCAUGCCUCUGAUGGUCGGCACGGUGGAUGAUCAAGAGCGCUAUACCAAGUUUUCGGGAUUUGGGCGCCGCUUCAGUUCGGCCCUCGGCCCCAGUCUAGAGAGUGGCCAGACCCUGCCCAUUAAAACGCUGUUCAAGCAAGCCUUUCAGGCUCAAGGCAUCUUUGUCAACCCGCUGGAGCUGGGCGAGAAGGUGGUGCAGUUGGCAGACGAUCUCUCCCGCCGGGUCUGGCCCAAGUUUCGUAACCGAUGGCACGACCCUGCCGUGCUGCAACCCGAGGCCCCAGUCAAAUGCGUUCAAUGCGAGGAACUGUAUAUGCCGUCGCAAAAUACCCGGGGCUCUUGCCGAUACCACCAAUACCCAGACUGGGGCAGUGUUCGUGCCUGCUGUGGCUCGACCACCGACCCUUGGCGAAAAAAGUCCCAGCUCGGCUGUCAGGUGGGCCCCCACCAGUCGCGGCACCACAACGAAUAUCCCUAUGAGAGCAAGGUUAUUCUGAGCCAAGCUUUCUGGAAUGAUGUGGGCAACCGCAAACGCAUGCUCGUCUUGGAAAGCAGCGACUAUGAAACGCCUGCUUUGAGUGUCCAUGCCAAGCUGGCGUCGGCCACCACUCAAACCCGCAUGACGGCCUUCAAGGGCCACUUGUGCCUCUGGCUCGGUUAUGCACUGCGUGACUACGUGGCCUUUAUCGGGCCUCCUGAGCUGAAUCAUGCCGAGCAGACGUUGUCCAAUGAUAGUGGCAACACCCUCAUUCAUCGCUUUGAGCGUGAGAACGGCGCCUAUGCAGAGGCCCACUGGGUCAUGGAGGAAGGUCGCGUGGUUGGCAUGCGCCUGGUGGCCAAAUCAGCAACGUGCGAGGAAUCAUCAGGCAUUGUCCUCUUCGACUGGGAUGGUAAAGACGAGAUUAAGGUGCGGGAGAUCAAGGAUGUCAAGGAUGGGCAACUUGCCGAGUAUGAUCCCAUCGACGAUGUUCCUUUGAGUUGCCAGCCCGAGGCACUGUUGUCGGGUGGUUUUUGGCGGCAGAUGCUACCAGGACCGGGCCGCGGGGAUUUGCAACCCGGGCUUAGUCCCUGUCUCACGCUCAUGACGAGCGGGGAGAUGGAGGCCAACCCUGUCAAUAUUAUUAAUGCUGACGUGGAGUGCUUCAACUGGACGGUGAGCGUGAUUAACAAGAGCAGCGAAGACAACAUUUUGCUCAGCGUCAAGACGGAAUUCGCUGUGCCCGGUGGCGAAAUGCAAGCAUGUCAGUUGCAAGGCGAUAUUCUGACAGCGCUGCCCAUCAACUUGGGUAGCCGUCAGGCCACACGCGUGACAUGUCGACUGAUCGUGCCCGUUCCCGUGCAGCGCGGCUCUGCCAUGUGGAAUCGAUCGGGGCUGGCUCGGCUACACCCUGUGCUCUUCAAGCUGGCCGUGACGGACAUGCACGGCGAGACGGCAACGUUGCUGCACGAAUUUCGAAACCAGGUGGCCUGUCUACCCGAGCCCCGCGAGAACAGCAACGAACUCCUGCGGCUCCCUAUCGACUCGGGUAGCUGCCUGGAUCGGUCCUUCCUGACCAUGUCGGUGGAGGGUGAGGACAAACUCUGCAUCCACGGGCUAUCCUCGCGCCUGGAGAUGACUCGGGAAGUUCAGCGUUGCCUGGUGUACAAAGCCAUCCGUGACAAGACUGAUUACUUCAACAUCGACAUGAAACUUCACGCGGAUGUGCCACAUCAACUGGGUAUCUGGGUCGAUCGGUCGCUGCGUCGCUGCGUUGCUCUAACGCUUGAGCUCCAGGGCGAGCUGGCCACCGUGCGGGCGAUUGUUCCGAUGCCGUUUAUGGCACGAAGCGUGCACGAAGCGCUAGACCCUGCUGCUCCAGUAUCAAAGGCGUCCCGCCAGCUAACUUCCCUCACUCUACAGCAGAGUUUUGCCGACUGGGCGGUCCGCCCCGGUGCAGACGAGCCCGAGUGGUUUAGCGUGGAAAAGGUUCUACAACAUCAGCCAUUUGUAGCUCCUGACUGGCAGGCGUACCUGCCCCUUGCGCAGCGUGUGGGCUUGACUGAGUCCCAAAACGACGCCCCAGUGGGACGGGAGCGCACCGAGACCAUGCCAAACUUGACCGCGUCGAAAGCCUCCUCCUACGCCAGGCGCACCAAUGAGCAUUAUCACGGGACAGGGAAGCAGCAGCAGGGACAUGCUGACAAUUCAUCCAGAAAACCACCGAUUUUCAAUAUUCGAGGUGUAUUUGUUAGAUAUCCACAUUGCAAUCUUAUCGUAAUCACCCUGAUGGAAGAAGUAGAAAAUCAGGCAGAUCAUGCAGCAAGGCCUGAACCACUAAAGGUUAACCUCAAGCUUCAUCCCCCAAAGGUACAUGAAGCGAAUCAUGGAGAAGAUGAAGAUGAAGACAGAGAGAGAGAAAGGAUACAAAGUAUCACGCGGUCUCUCUCUCUCUCAGUUUUCUCUCUCUCUUCGUUCUCUCUCUCUCUCUUGGCUGACACGCGCUCGCUCGGACGGAACUUGGUCGACGGAGCCGACAGCUUUGACGAGACG